GCGGCGCUCGAGCUGCCAAUGCGCGCCGCUGCCGCCGCUGCUGGAUGUUGAGGAUUAAAGAUGGCCACCAGGAGGAGCAGGGAUAGCAACCGCUUCGGAACUACGGCGUUAUUUAUCAUGUAUGGAUAAGAGAAAGGAAAAGGGCGAUUGAAAGAGACCUCGUCGACACUUUCACAAAUUCCGUUGGCGCUUCCUUGACCCGUCCGGGUGCCUGACGAUAUAACCGCAGAAUUUACGGGGCUGCCUUUGCCCUGAGGACACCAUACAAGAUGAACAUGGUGAAGAGGAUCAUGGGUCGGCCACGACAGGAGGAGUGCAGUCCGCAGGACAACGCAUUAGGCCUGAUGCACUUGCGACGCCUCUUCUCUGAGCUGUGCCACCCACCCCGUCACAUGACUCAGAAGGAGCAGGAGGAGAAGCUUUACAUGAUGCUGCCUGUCUUCAACCGCGUUUUUGGAAGUGCUCCUCCCAGUACGAUGACAGAGAAGUUCUCUGACCUGCUGCAGUUCACGACCCAGGUCUCCCGUCUCAUGGUGACGGAAAUUAGGCGGAGGGCAUCUAAUAAAUCAACAGAGGCGGCCAGCCGAGCCAUCGUACAAUUCUUGGAAGUGAACCAGAGUGAAGAAGCCAGUCGUGGCUGGAUGCUGCUCACCACCAUCAACCUGCUGGCGUCAUCUGGUCAGAAAACGGUGGACUGCAUGACUACCAUGUCGGUGCCCUCCACGCUGGUCAAAUGUCUAUACCUGUUCUUCGACCUGCCUCAUGUUCCCGAGGCCCCUGGGGCUGCACAAACAGAGCUGCCGUUAGCAGACCGUCGGGCCCUCCUGCAGAAGGUCUUUGUGCAGAUCCUGGUCAAGCUGUGCAGCUUCGUGUCACCAGCAGAGGAGCUGGCUCAGAAGGAUGACCUCCAACUGCUUUUCAGUGCCAUUACCUCCUGGUGUCCACCCCACAACCUACCCUGGCGCAAGAGUGCCGGCGAGGUGCUCAUGACCAUAUCCCGGCACGGUCUCAGCAUCAAUGUGGUCAAGUACAUCCAUGAGAAAGAGUGCCUAUCCUCAUGCAUCCAGAACAUGCAGCAGUCUGAUGACCUUUCUCCCUUGGAGAUUGUGGAGAUGUUCGCUGGCCUAUCGUGCUUCCUCAAAGACUCCAGUGAUGUGUCCCAGACCCUGCUGGAUGACUUCCGUAUGUGUCAGGGGUACACCUUCCUCUGUGACCUGAUGCUGAGGCUGGAGCAGGCCAAAGAGGAUGACUCCAAGGAUGCCCUGAAGGACCUGGUGAACCUGGUGACAUCCCUUACCACAUAUGGCGUGAGCGAGCUAAAACCGGCAGGCCUCACCAUGGGUGCGCCUUUCCUCUUGCCAGGCUUUGUGGUGCCCCAGCCCUCCAGCAAAGGCCAUACAGUUAGGAAUAUCCAAGCCUUUUCAGUUCUCCAAAAUGCAUUCCUCAAAGCUAAAACCAGCCGUCUUGCGAGCAUCAUCCUGGAUGCCAUCUCUAAUAUCUACAUGGCUGACAAUGCCAACUACUUCAUCCUGGAGGCCCAGCACACACUUUCCCAAUUUGGCGAGAAGAUAGCCAAGGUGCCUGAGGUCCAGGCCAAGUACUUUGAGUUGCUGGAGUUCGUGGUGGUCAGCCUCAAUUAUGUGCCGUGCAAAGAGCUUUUUGGUGUGAGUGUGCUGAUGAAGGCCAGUACCUCUUACCAAUGCAGCAUCAUGGCAGCCCACACCCUGCUUAAGUUCAGCCGCCACGACCCCAUCUUCAGUGAAGUCUUCCGAGAGGUUGGGCUCCUGGAGGUGAUGGUGAACCUGCUGCACAAAUACGCAGCUCUCAUGAAGGACCCCACACAGACCCACAAUGAGCAGGCUGAUUCAAAGAACAACCGUGUGGCAGAGGAACAGAAGCAGCUGGCCUGGUUGGUCAUGGAGACUCUUGCUGUGCUCCUACAGGGUUCCAACACUAAUGCAGGUCUGUUCCGUGAAUUCGGCGGUGCGAGGUGCGUCCACAAUAUUGUGAAGUACCGACAGUGCCGCGAACACGCGCUGACCAUCAUUCAGCAGCUGGUGCUCUCUCCCAGUGGUGAGGAUGAUAUGGGCACUCUGCUCGGUCUCAUGCACUCAGCUCCCCCAACAGAGCUGCAGCUCAAAACGGACAUCCUCAGGGCCUUACUCGCCGUGCUGAGGGAAAGCCACCGUACACGCACAGUCUUCCGCAAAGUGGGCGGUUUCGUCUAUGUCACCUCCCUGCUGGUGGCAAUGGAGCGCUCCCUCUGCUCCCCGCCGCGCAACGGUUGGGAGAAGGUCAACCAGAACCAGGUGUUUGAGCUUCUGCACACAGUCUUCUGCACGCUGACCGCCGCCAUGCGAUAUGAGCCUGCCAACUCGCACUUCUUCCGUACCGAGAUCCAGUAUGAGAAGCUGGCAGAUGCCGUGCGCCUGCUAGGCUGCUUCUCUGACACCAAGAAGCUUGGCCCAGGGAGCGUGUUCCCGUCCAAUGCACAGCCCUUCCAGAGGCUACUGGAGGAUGACCCUGUGCUUGUGGACAGUGUGUGCCCCACAUUAAGGCACUGCAGCAAGCUCUUCAUUUACCUGUACAAGAUGGCCACAGACUCCUUUGACAGUCGUGCUGAGCAGGUGCCCCCCUGCCUGACACACGAGAGCUCUCUACCCUCCCCUUGGGGGACGCCAGCACUCACCCGGAAGAGACACGUGUAUGGAGUCCCUGCACCGGUUCCCAUCCUGCCCGCCAAGGCUGUGGCCGACCUGAAAUUCCAUCCAGGCAAUCCAUCCCAACACGCCUCAGAUGCUGUGGUCAUCCACCCAGGAGCAGUGCUGGCCAUGCUGGACCUUCUGGCCUCAGUCAACUCUGACACCCAGCCUGAGCAUGCGUUGGAUCUGCAGCUGGCUGUGGCCAACCUGCUGCAGCUGCUUGUGCAUUCGGAGCGGAACCAACAGGUCCUGUGUGAGGCAGGCCUCCACUCCCGCCUCCUGCAGCGCUGCGGCUGCGCCUUGGGUGACGAGGAGCACCCGCUGCAUCCGCCCCUGCAGAGGAUGUUUGAGAGGCUGGCCUCACAGGCACUGCAGCCCAUGGCACUCAGGGAAUUUCUGCGUUUGGGAAACCCACUGAACUGUGGGGCUUGGGACAAGAAACUCCUGAAACAGUAUCGGGUCCAUAAGCCCAGCUCACUCAGCUAUGAAGCAGAGAUGAGAAACAGCAUGACGAUGUCCAUGGAGGGCUUCGGGCCCGACAGUGUGUUUGCCGUGAGUGAAGACAACAGCCAGUACAGAAUCAGCAGGAGCCUUGUGCGCUCGGCCGAAGGAAGCACCGUGCCGUUGACCAGAGUGAAGUGUCUGGUCUCCAUGACAACGCCGCAUGACAUCAGACUGCAUGGCUCGUCAGUCACGCCGGCCUUUGUGGAGUUUGACACUUCUCUCGAAGGGUUUGGGUGCUUGUUUCUGCCAAGUUUAGCACCCCAUAAUGCCCCUACAAACAACAUAAACGCAUCAGGAGUCAGUGAUGGAGCAGUGGUCAGUGGUAUUGGCACUGGUGAGCGUCUUUUCCCCCCUCCAUCAGGCCUCACCUACUCCUGCUGGUUCUGCAUUGAGCGCUUCAGCACUCCGCCACACAACCACCCAGUGCGACUGCUGACAGUGGUGCGACGGGCCACCUCAUCGGAGCAGCACUAUGUUUGCCUGGCGGUCGUGCUGUCAGCCAAGGACCGAUCGCUCACUGUCUCCACCAAAGAGGAGUUGCUGCAGAACUAUGUGGAUGACUUCAGCGAGGAGUCCUCCUUCUAUGAGAUUUUGCCCUGCUGUGCCCGCUUCCGAUCUGGUGACCUCAUCAGCGAGGGACAGUGGCACCACCUGGUGUUGGUCAUGAGUAAAGGCAUGUUGAAAAACAGCACAGCCACUCUCUACAUUGAUGGGCAGCUGGUGAACACAGUCAAGCUUCACUAUGUUCACAGUAUGCCGGGUGGCUCAGGGUCCACCAACCCCCCAGUGGUGACUACGGUAUAUGGCUACGUGGGCACACCACCAGCUCAGCGCCAGCUUUCCACACUAGCUUGGCGCCUUGGGCCCACCCACUUCCUAGAGGAGGUUCUGCCAGCUGCCAGCAUCUCUGCAGUGUAUGAGUUGGGCCCCAACUAUGUGGGCAGCUUCCAGGCUGUGUAUCUGCCCUGCAAGGAUCCUAAGGGCGAGGGUGCCCCUUCGUGCCCCGUGGCCCUCGUACCCGAGGAGAAGGUGUCCUUCAGCUUGUAUGCAUUGUCAGUCUCUUCCCUCACUGUGGCCAAGAUCCGGAAGGUGUACAACAAGCUCGACAGCAAGGCUAUUGCUAAGCAAUUAGCGGUGUCCUCUCACGAGAAUGCCACGCCAGUCAAGCUUAUCCACAAUGCUGCUGGUCACCUUAAUGGCCCAGCGCGGACCGUGGGGGCAGCAGUGAUUGGCUACCUUGGUGUGCGAGCAUUUGUUCCAAAGCCCGUGGCUACAAACCUUCAGUAUGUUGGAGGUGCAGCUGCCAUCCUGGGCCUGGUUGCCAUGGCGUCAGACGUUGAAGGGCUGUAUGCGGCAGUGAAAGCACUGGUGUGUGUCGUCAAGAGCAAUCCUCUUGCCAGCAAGGAGAUGGAAAGGAUCAAAGGCUACCAGCUCCUGGCCAUGCUCUUGAAGAAAAAGCGUUCUUUGCUGAAUAGCCACAUUCUCCACCUGACUUUCUCCCUGGUGGGCACAGUGGACAGUGGCCAUGAAACCUCCAUCAUUCCCAACUCCACUGCCUUUCAGGAUCUUCUCUGUGACUUUGAGGUCUGGCUUCAUGCUCCCUAUGAAUUGCACCUUUCCCUGUUUGAGCAUUUUAUUGAGCUCUUGACUGAAUCCAGUGAGGCUGCAAAAAAUGCCAAGCUGCUGCGGGAAUUCCAGUUGAUCCCCAAACUGCUGUUGACCCUGCGGGACACAUCUUUGUCCCAACCCACCAUUGCUGCCAUCAGCAAUGUCCUCAGUCUGCUGCUUCAGGGCUUCCCCAAGAGCUAUGAUCUGCUGCGGUUUGGCCAGUUUGUUGCCUCCACGCUGCCCACGUUUGCAGUCUGUGAAAAAUUUGUCGUCAUGGAAGCCAACAGUGAAGAGAAAGUAGAUGGAGCAAAUGAGGAUGAUUUUGGAGGCCUUUUGUCUGCCAAUCUCAUACUGCUGAGAAACAGACUUCUGGACAUCCUGCUUAAGUUGCUCUUCACCUCUAAAGAGAAAUGUACUGUCAACGCACAGGCAUGUGAGGAGCUGGUCCGGACACUGGGUUUUGACUGGCUUGUCAUGUUCAUGGAAGAGCAUCUGCACUCCAGCACUGUGACAGCUGCUAUGCGGAUUUUGGUGGUGCUGCUCAGCAACCAGCCAAUCCUGGCUCGCUUUAAAGAGGGCAUUUGUGGGGGGGGCUGGCUGGACCAAACUGACUCAGUGCUCACCAACAAGAUUGGCACUGUGCUAGGUUUCAACGUGGGCCGUAAUGCUGGCGGCAGGUCCACUCUGCGGGAGAUCAACCGGGAGGCCUGCCAUUUCCCAGGGUUUCCUGUGCUCCAGACCUUCCUCCCCAAGCACACUAACGUGCCUGAGCUGUACUUCCUGCUAAUGGCGCUCUUUCUUCAGCAGCCUGUGACAGAGCUGCCGGAGAACCUGCAGUUUGACCUGGAUUCCAUCUGGACCUUCAUCUUUGGUGUGCCAGCGUCCAGUGGUGCUGUGGUUGGAUCCAUCAACACUGUUUGCACCGAUGCAGCCUUCCUGCUGCUCGCUAUGCUGCGCAGCAUGCUUAACUUGCCUUGGCAGUCUGAGGAGGAGGGCUCCUGGCUCCGAGAGUACCCUGUUACCCUGAUGCAGUUCUUUCGCUACCUCUACCACAACGUGCCCGACCUGAUGCACAUGUGGAUCAGUCCCGAGUUCCUGUGUGCACUGGCUGCCACAGUCUUCCCCUUCAACAUCAGACCCUACUCUGAAAUGGUGAGUGACCUGGACGAUGAGGUGAACUCCCCAGCUGAGGAGUUCAAAGCCUUUGCUGGAGACACGGGUAUGAACCGCAGCCAGUCUGAGUACUGCAAUGUAGGUUCCAAGACCUACCUGACCAACCACCCAGCCAAGAAGUACGUUUUUGACUUCAUGAGAGUGUUGAUUAUGGAGAACUUGUGCUUGACCCCAGCCAGCAAACAGACACCCAUCGUUGACCUGCUGCUUGAGGCCUCUCCAGAGCGUUCAACUCGGACCCAGCAGAAAGAGUUCCAGUCCUACAUUUUGGACAGCGUGAUGGAGCACUUAUUAGCUGCAGAUGUCCUCCUAGGUGAGGAUGCUUCACUACCCAUCACCAGUGGGGGGAACUACCAGGUCCUGGUAAACAACAUCUUCUAUUUCACCCAGCGGGUGGUGGACAAGUUGUGGCAGGGCAUGUUCAACAAGGACUCCAAGCUGGUGGUGGAGUUUAUCGUGCAGCUCAUUGGACAGUCGAAGAGGAGGUCCCAAGGAUUUUCACUGGAUUCCAUCUAUCACUGUCUGAACCGGACUAUCCUCUACCAGCUUUCCCGACCACACAAGACUGUGCCUCAGCAGGUGGCCCUGCUGGAUGCACUACGGGUCCUCACAGUGAACCGCAACCUGGUCCUGGGCCCUGGCAACCAUGACCAGGAAUUCAUUGCCUGUCUGGCCCACUGCUUUAUCAACCUGCACUCUGGGAGUUCUGUGGAUGGCUUCGGGCUAGAAGCUGAGGCACGCAUGACCACUUGGCACGUUAUGAUACCAUCUGAGUCAGAGCCUGAUGCAGCUCACAAUCAGGAUGUCAGUGAAGGUCGCCAGCUCCUGUUGAAGGCCAUCAACCGUGUGUGGACUGAAUUGGUGCACAGCAAGAGGCAGGUGAUGGAAGAAAUCUUCAAGGUAGUCCUGCCAGCCAAUGAGCGUGGCCAUGUGGACAUCACCUUGGCCCGGACGCUCAUUGAGGAACCAGCAGCCAAGUACUGGCUCAACCACCUUGCUCACGAGAAGAAGUGCAUUAGCCGUGGGGAGGCGGUCGCUCCUGUGGCCCAGUCCAAGCUGUCUCGGGUCAGUAGUGGUUUUGGCCUGUCAAAGCUGACGGGAGCACGGCGCAGCAGGAAGGAGAAUGCGAUCAACAAGAACAACCUGUCGGCGCAGGAAACAUUCCAAUGGAUGUUCACGCACAUUGCAGUUGUACGAGACCUGGUCACCAUGCAGCACAAGGAGUAUCAGGAGAGGCAGCAGAAUGCCCUGAAGUAUGUGACGGAAGAGUGGGCGAAUAUUGAAUAUGAGCUACUGCGGGAAAGGGGAUUGUGGGGUCCACCCAUUGGCUCCCACCUCGAUAAAUUCCUGCUGGAGAUGACGGAGGGUCCAUGCCGGAUGAGGAAGAAGAUGGUCCGCAAUGACAUGUUCUACAUCCACUACCCCUAUGUGCCGGACACAGAGCCUGACACCAGCUCUCAGAAGCCUGUUCGGUAUAGGAGGGCCAUCAGCUAUGACAGUAAGGAGUACUACAUGCGUGUGCUGUCUGGGAACCCAGGCAUGUACCAGCACUCCAUUGAGCAGAGCUCGGAGGGCAUGACCACACAGCAUGAGCCUGAGCACGGUGAAGACACCAUAGCCAGGGUCAAAGGCCUGGUAAAGCCCCCUUUGAAGCGUUCACGCUCCACGGCAGAUGGUGGAGACGAGGACAGCCAGGAGCAAUUGCAGGAUCAGAUGCUAGAGGCUGGAGCCAUGGAUGAAGAGGAGAAAACGGAUAACACCCCCCUGCUCCGUUUGCUGGAGGAGGGUGAGAAGAUUCAGCACAUGUACCGAUGCGCUCGGGUCCAAGGCCUGGACACCAGUGAGGGUCUGCUGCUCUUUGGCAAGGAGCACUUCUAUGUGAUUGAUGGCUUCACCAUGACAGUGACCCGGGAGAUUCGGGACAUUGAUACACUGCCGCCAAAUAUGCAUGAGGCCAUCAUCCCUCGGGGAGCACGACAGGGCCAGAGCCAGUUAAAGAGAACCUACAGCAUUUUUGCCUAUGAAGACAUUAAGGAGGUGCACAAGCGACGCUACCUGCUGCAACCUAUUGCAGUAGAAGUUUUUUCAGGGGAUGGGCGGAAUUACCUACUGGCAUUCCAGAAAGGUGUCCGGAACAAGGUGUACCAGAGGUUCUUGGCUGUAGUUCCCUCACUGGUCGAUAGCUCAGAGUCUGUCUCGGGCCAGAGGCCCAACACCAGCGUUGAGCAAGGGUCUGGUUUGCUGAGCACCUUGGUUGGUGAGAGGUCUGUAACGCAGCGAUGGGAGAGAGGGGAGAUCAGUAACUUCCAGUACCUCAUGCAUCUCAAUACACUGGCAGGGCGCUCCUAUAAUGACCUAAUGCAGUACCCUGUCUUCCCCUGGAUCCUUGCUGACUACGAUUCAGAGGAGCUGGACCUCACAAACCCCAAGACGUUCCGAAACCUGGCCAAACCAAUGGGGGCCCAGACAGAAGACAGGCUGAUCCAGUAUAUGAAGAGGUUUAGGGACUGGGAAGAUCCUAAUGGGGAAACCCCCGCUUAUCACUACGGGACUCACUACUCCUCUGCAAUGAUUGUGGCUUCCUACCUGGUCAGAAUGGAGCCCUUCACUCAGAUAUUCCUCAGGCUCCAAGGAGGUCACUUUGACCUGGCAGACAGGAUGUUCCACAGUGUCCGUGAGGCGUGGCUAUCUGCCUCAAAACACAACAUGGCUGAUGUCAAAGAGCUCAUCCCUGAAUUCUUCUACCUCCCCGAGUUCCUCCUUAACUCCAACAACUUUGAUUUAGGUAGCAAACAGAAUGGCACUAAGCUUGGCGACGUGAUCCUGCCCCCAUGGGCUAAGGGUGACCCCAAGGAAUUCAUCCGGGUUCACCGAGAGGCUCUGGAGUGUGACUAUGUCAGCGCUCACAUCCAUGAGUGGAUAGAUCUCAUCUUUGGCUACAAGCAGCAGGGUCCUCCUGCUGUGGAGGCAGUCAACGUUUUUCACCACCUGUUCUAUGAGGGCCAGGUGGACAUCUACAACAUCAAUGACCCGCUCAAAGAGACUGCCACCAUUGGGUUUAUCAACAACUUUGGGCAGAUCCCCAAGCAGCUGUUUAAGAAGCCUCACCCACCAAAGCGAGUGCGAAGCAAGUCCAACGGGGAGAUCCCUGGUGUGCCGACGUCCCUUAGCUCUGCUCCAGACAAGAUUUUUUUCCACCACCUGGACAACCUGAGGCCCUCAUUGGCUCCUGUCAAAGAGCUGAAGGAGCCAGUUGGACAGAUCAUAUAUACGGACAAGGGCAUCCUAGCAGUGGAGCAGAACAAGGUCUUGGUGCCCCCAGCUUGGAACAAAACCUUUGCCUGGGGCUAUGCUGACCUCAGCUGCCGGCUGGCCAACUACGAGUCUGAUAAGGCAGUCAUUGUGUACGAGUGCCUGUCUGAAUGGGGUCAGAUUCUGUGUGCGAUCUGCCCAAACCCAAAGCUGGUGAUCACAGGGGGAACCAGCACGGCCAUUUGCGUAUGGGAGAUGGGCACCUCCAAGGAGAGGGCCAAGUCACUCACCCUUAAACAGGCCCUGUUGGGGCACACAGAUGCGGUGACUUGUUUGACGGCCUCCUCGGCCUACCACAUUAUUGUCAGUGGCUCGCGGGACCGCACCUGCAUCAUCUGGGACCUUAACAAGCUGGCCUUUGUCACACAGCUGAGAGGUCACCGUGCACCUGUAUCUGCACUCUGCAUCAAUGAACUUACGGGGGACAUCGUGUCUUGCGCAGGCACCUACAUUCAUGUGUGGAGUAUAAACGGCAGCCCCAUUGUCAGCGUCAACACCUUCACUGGCCGUAGCCAGCAAAUCCUGUGCUGCUGUGUGUCAGAGAUGAAUGAGUGGGACACGCAGAACGUCAUAGUCACUGGGCACUCGGAUGGCGUUGUGCGGUUUUGGAGGAUGGAAUUCCUGCAGGUCCCAGAGACUCCAGCCCCAGAACCAGCAGAGCCCUUGGAGGUGACAGACUGCUGUGGAGAGGACAAGAUAGAGAGUGGGGAGGCCCAUGAGGACGACAGCAGCGACUCAGAGGGAGAGGAGCAAAGCAUGAGACAGGAGUCCAAGCCUGCCCCAAGGCAGCCUGGUAACACCACUCACAGGCCCAAAGUUCCCCCUGGCGGUGGUCGGCCAGCCGCCGCCUGGUCUGCUGACACCAGCUCGGAAGAGUCACGCCGCUGGUCUGACACCCUGAGCCUGGACGAAAAGGACGGUUUUGUGUUUGUGAACUAUUCGGAGGGGCAGACGCGGGCUGUCCUGCACCAGCACCAUCCCCCCAACCCGCACCCCAGCCUGCAUGGGGGGGUGCCACAGCCUCUACAACCCAACUCGACAGAGGCCCGGCCCUACAACCAGCUUCGACCUGGCUAUAGAUGGGAGCGUCAGCUUGUCUUUCGCAGCAAGUUGACCAUGCAUACGGCUUUCGACCGAAAAGACAAUGCUCACCCAGCAGAGAUCACUUCCCUUGCCAUCUCCAAGGACCACAGUAAGAUUCUGGUAGGCGAUGGGCGCGGCCGGGUCUUCAGUUGGUCAGUGAGUGACCAGCCGGGCCGGUCAGCUGCGGACCACUGGGUGAAGGAUGAGGUGGUGGACAGCUGCUCCGGCUGCUCCGUGCGCUUCUCUCUGACCGAGCGACGGCACCACUGCCGCAACUGUGGCCAGCUCUUCUGUCAGAAGUGCAGCCGCUUCCAGUCAGAGAUCAAACGCCUGAAGAUUUCAUCCCCGGUGCGGGUGUGCCAGAACUGUUACUUUAACCUGCAGCAUGAGCGUGGAUCUGAGGAAGGCUCAAGAAACUAGUUCCUCAUCCCCAUCACCCUCAAAUACAUGGGGGACCUGAGUGGGACAAGUCUAUUUCUCUGUACUGUGUAGAGCACUAUUUAAAAAAAAAAAAAAAAAAGGGGAUCACUAAUUGAGCAGUGUUUGAUGUUCUUUGUGGAAAAGAUAAGUAUGAUAGGGGAAGGGAUUGGGGGAGAGAAAAAAAAAAUCAGUGGCUUCAGAUCAUGUUCCUCUCUUAAGUUUUUGCAACCUUCUCUGACACCAUGUAAACGCAGUCAAGGAGUCACAGGCUUUUUAGAUUUUAGAUGAACAAUGUUUUAGGCUUCCUUUGGAAGAGACAUGAAGUUGUUUAUAUUGUAAAUAAAUACAAUGGCCUUUUUAGCUACAACAUAAAAUAACUAUUGAAAACAGUUUUGCCUACAUAGGAACUCCGAGGAGUCAUUCCUGGGUAUGAAAGUCAUGAGUCUGUCACAGGUUAAAUGAAAUCUGAGUAGUAAUUAAAGGGGAGGGGAGUAUGAAUGUUAAAGGAAAAAACUGGUUAAAUUCAACUUCUUUAAAAGGAAAAAAAAAAAAAAAAAUCUGUUUACAGUUGUGUAUUUUUUUUUUUUCUUUUUUUGUUAAUGUUGCCCACAGUACCAGCCAACUGCUAAAAGUCAAUUUAUUUAGUCAUUUGGACAUUUAACUAGACGGCUUGCAUACGUUUAAGGAAUGGCCAGGGCUACUGAUGUACACUGACCCACAUGCAGUCUUUUAUGUUCUUGUCUUUGUUUAAUCUGCUGUACUGCAGUGAAUUUACUGUCACACAUGCGUGAUGGUAGCACUGUUGAAAACCUCCAGCAGUUUGGUCUGUCACUCAUAUCACAUGGUGUCUUUGCACAACUAAAAACAUUUCAUAAUAAUGUAGAUAAAGAACCUAACUGCAAUGUUAAUAUCAGAAUUAGGGUAAAACUAUUUGCUGUGCACAUUUUCAAGUGUGGAAUGAAGUUAUGUUGAAAUAUUUAGACUGAUGGCUGGUACAGUCAGUAAAGAUGUGUGUCGUAUGGAUGUGGAUGAAAGUAAGAUUUAUUGGUUUUUUUUUUUUAUUUUUAUUAUUUAG